AUGGCCGAAAACGUCGCUCAGGGUAGUACUUUCAUCCACUCGGCUUCUUCUAAAGGUAUUGCUGGUGUUUUCACUUGGGCAGCCGUUUUUAUUACCAGCCAUCAUAUUUAUCAACAUCUACGCUGGUAUUCCUGUCCUACGGAGCAAAGAUGGAUCGUGCGUAUUUUAUUCAUCGUUCCAAUAUACGCAUUUGAUUCGUGGCUGAGUCUUAUAUUCUUCUCCGACAACGUGUACAUUUACUUCAAUUCUAUUCGAGAUUGCUACGAAGCAUUCGUGAUUUACUCGUUCUUGUCACUGUGUUAUGAAUAUCUCGGUGGCGAAAGCAAUAUCAUGGCAGAAAUCCGUGGCAAACCAAUCAAACCAAUCGGUUACCAUACAUGCACUUGUUGUCUUGCUGGUAAGCAGUACACAAUCGAAUUUCUGCGUUUCUGCAAACAGGCAACCUUGCAAUUUUGUUUUAUCAAACCUAUUAUGGCAAUACUAACUUUGUUUCUUACUGGGAUGGGGAAAUAUGAGGAUGGUAAUUGGAGCGCGGAGCAAGGGUAUCUAUACAUCACUCUUGUGUACAACGUUUCUAUAUCUCUUGCUCUCUACGGUCUGUUUCUUUUUUAUACGGCCACACGUGAACUACUCAGCCCAUAUAGCCCAGUUCUGAAAUUUCUUACCGUGAAAAGCGUUAUCUUUUUGUCGUUCUGGCAAGGACUGCUGAUUGCAAUUUUGGGUGCUACAUCAGCUAUUGAUCCUGUAGUGGACAGCAGCGGUCAUGUGGUCAUAGGAAAGGGGACCGUCGCAGCUGGUUAUCAGAACUUCCUCAUCUGCAUUGAGAUGUUUUUUGCUGCCAUUGCACUGAAGUUUGCAUUUGGUGUUUCUGCUUACUCAGACGUUCACUCUGUUAAUCACCCGAAUGAUGGGCAUACGGUGACUUUGCAGUCGAUUAGUUCGUCGCUAAGGGAGACGAUGAAUCCAAAAGACAUUAUGCAGGAUGCUAUCCACAACUUCCAUCCUCAGUAUCAACAGUACACUCAGCAUUCGAAUCCUCAACGCACGGUCAGUGGGAACCUGGUAUCAGGGGUGGGAGCGAGCACUGGUCUUGAUGAGCAACAAUUGUCGAGCAAAAGCAGGGGUGUGAACUAUUCAAGCGUAGCGCAUACAGAUCAUAUUACAUAA